AUGUUUCAAAAAAGUUACCUUUACCUGAAUAUGUAUAGGUUGGAGAAAAAUCAUUUAUCGUUUAUACAGGGUGUUCUAGAUUGUUUGUACUUGACACUUAGUAUGAAUUGGCAACAAAAAAGGUCAAAGUUUCAGUCAGACUUCAGCCAUCAAUACUGUCUAAACAGUAUAGCUUUAUUCAUGCUUUUUCUAGUGAAGACCAGUGUCAUCAACUUUGAAUUUUGUUUUAUUGUCAUUUAUAUUUGUAGCAGACAAAAGGAAAGAUAA